CGGCGGCCGCCAUGGCGGUGGACAUCACCCUGCUCUUCAAGGCCAGCGUGAAGACCGUGAAGACCCGCAACAAAGCGCUGGGGGUUGCGGCGGGGGACAGCGCCAGGGACGAGCUGCUCAAGCGGGGCACCGCCCGCUCCAAAAGCGACUUCACCAGCAGGGCGCGGGAGGUGAUUUCUCAUAUUGGAAAGCUGAAAGAUUUUCUUCUACAACACAGAAAGGAUUACAUUAAUGCUUACAGCCAUAUUAUGUCUGAUUAUGUGAGGAUGACGGAUACAGAGCGUGACCAGAUAGAUCAAGAUGCCCAGGUGUUUAUGAGAACGUGUGCUGAUGCCAUCCAUCAGCUCAGAACAGAAGCACACAAGGGUGUCCAGUCUGCUCAGGUGAAGGAGCACAGAACAGCUGUCUUGGACUUCAUUGAAGAUUACUUAAAAAGAGUGUGCAAGCUGUAUUCUGAACAAAGAGCCAUCCGAGUUAAGCAAGUAAUAGAUAAGAAGAGACUGUCCAAACUUGAACCUGAGCAGAGCAAUGUGUCCAAAGCUCCUCUUUCCACUGAAAAAUCUUCACAGAGUCCUUCAGAGGAUUCUGAAGAAAAACUUUUUGCAGAGGAAAGCAAAGAUAGAAACCUUCCCGAUGCCCAAAGUAACCUUGGAUUAUGGGGGGACAGCAGAGGUGAAGAUGAGCUGUCACCUGAAGAAAUACAAAUGUUUGAACAGGAGAACCAGAGACUUGUUGGUGAAAUGAACAAUCUCUUUGAUGAAGUCAGACAAAUUGAAGGAAAAGUGGUGGAAAUCUCCAGAUUACAAGAGAUAUUCACAGAGAAAGUCUUGCAACAGGAAACUGAUAUUGACAAUAUCCAUCAAUUGGUUGUGGGUGCAACAGAGAAUAUAAAAGAAGGCAAUGAAGACAUAAGAGAGGCCAUCAAAAACAAUGCUGGAUUUAGAGUAUGGAUCCUCUUCUUCCUUGUGAUGUGUUCAUUCUCCUUGCUUUUCCUGGACUGGUAUGAUAAUUAAUUAAACAUACUACUGGCUCCAUGCUCUGUUU